AAAGACUACUCCUUUUUCAUCACUUUACUAAAUAGAAGAUUUUUAUUGGGCGAUUACCAGUUUCAUAGAAUGAGGUAAAACAAAGCAAAUGAUUUAAAUGUCACAACAUAUAAUAUUUAUGACGUAGAAAUAAAUUAUGAAAGUUGUUGGUCUCUGCUUGUUUAGUAUAUUCUUAUAGCUUUUCCUUUCAUUUCACCAACAGUAUGUGCAUAUAGUAUACUUAGCAAUUUAAAGAUACACACUCUUAAAAGUUCUGUUCUUUAGAAAGAGACCUCUAGCGUGAAAGUGACUGUUCAUUAUAUUUAUUUUUGGUUAUUGAAAGCUCCGACAAUGAAACUUUGUAGUGUCUUGAUCUCUUUUUUAGCAGUUUUAAAUGAACCUGAAAGAGGCUUUUGUACAUACACUCUUGAAGUUUUAGGUUCACCCGAAGUUCCGGAAGGAUCCUCUUUUCAAGUAAAGUUAUCCAGUAGUGUUGAAGGAGCAUGCGUAACAAAAGAUUAUGAAUUAGACGCAAGCGAUAUUGAAAUAACGAAAACUUCCCUUGUCCUUCCGGUUAAUUCUGAAAAAGCAACAUAUAUAGGAAAAUUUUACGUACUAUCAGAUUUGACUGAAGAAGAAGACGAAGUUCAUAAGAUAACGUUUACCUGUUAUUUCGAGACUUCUAUUACGACGGCUACAGCUACAGUUACAAUUCUUGAUGGUGAAGAAGAGGAUCCUCGCUUCAUGCAAGUUGUCCAAGAUCAAAGAGAUUUAGUUCCCAAGAAAAUUUGUUAUGAUAUUAAAUCUGAAAAUUAUAAUCAAUUGGCAAUUUAUCACGAUCUUGAAAAAAAUAUUACCAUAACAGGAACUCUUCUAGAUGAUUAUUAUCUACACGAAAUUGACCUUUUAUCAUUUAAUUCACACGUUUUUACAACAACAAAUGACAUUACUUUCAAUGGGAUGAAAACUAUUGAAUGGAGUGAUUGUAAGCAACGCUUUAACUGGUAUGAUACAAAUUUUAACAUAGACUGCCAAGAUGAUACUCUGCACGUUUGGUCUUUAAGAAAGUCAAACAUCAAUAGUUCAUCAUUUCGAAUAAAGAGAUCGCAAAAUGUCAAUAUCGGCUAUUAUUUAGACAUUUCAAUAGAUAAUCUGCUUAAUUAUCAAAAGAUUAGUGGGAUUAUCGGUAGAAUAGGAAAAAAUGAAUUUAAAUUUUUUCAAAGUACACAAGAAGAUAAGGAAAAAAAAAUUGGUUCAAUUGAAGUUAAUGGUCGACUUUUUCCAGUUAGAUUCUCAAAACGAUAUAGUCAAAAAUGUUGGUUAUUGAAUGUCAAUGAUUUACUAUUUCCUUAUAAACUUGACAGUUAUCUUUCUCAAAAGUAAUGUUUUUGCUAUUUUUGAACAAUGUCAAUGAUAGCAAUGUUAAGCUAAACCUGGAAAUAAACUACGUUAUAUAUAUAUUAAAUUGUAAACGUGGUUGUCUAUUUCAAUAUUCAAAAUAGUGUAUUGAAACUUUGUAAAUAAACAUGUUUU